AUGUUGGUGCUGCUGCUCUCGUUCGUGUUCCUGGCCGUGCAGGCCACCCUGGUCGUUGGGCUGGCAGCAUGGCUGGUGGCUUGGGUGGCUGUGCGGAUCUAUCGUCCCAAGGAUUAUGUGGCAGUGCAGCGGGACCUGGGUCAAAAGCGCACGGGUCAGCACCGGUCCACGGUGGCCUUUUUCCACCCCUUUUGCAAUGCCGGGGGUGGGGGCGAGCGCGUGCUCUGGUCCGCUAUCCAGGCCGUUCACCGCGUCCACCCUGACUAUCAUGUGCUGCUGUACUCGGGCGACACCGAUGCGACGGCUGAUAUGAUCCUUACACGUGCCGCAGAGCGAUUUGGCCUCGUCAUUGACGCCCGCCGCGUUACCAUUGCCUUCCUGCAUACGCGCAGCUAUGUUGAAGCUCACCAUUACCCGCACUUUACCAUGCUCUUACAGAGCCUGGGCUCGCUCGUCCUUGGCCUCGAAGCAAUCUGCCUCCACCGCCCGGAUGUUUUCCUCGAUACCAUGGGUUACGCCUUUGUUCUGCCCCUCGUUCGGCUGCUUGCGGGUAGUCGAGUGGGCUGCUAUGUCCACUACCCCACCAUCAGCACCGACAUGCUUUCCAAGGUGCGGGAUCGCCGCGCCGACUUCAACAAUGAUGUGACCGUGGGACGCAGCCAGCUGCUCACGCAAGUCAAGCUUCUCUACUACAACAUCUUUGCCCUGGCCUAUGGCCUGGCUGGCGCUUUUGCAGCCGUCGUCAUGACAAACUCCAGCUGGACCCACAAUCACAUUCGACAGCUAUGGUUUGGCAGCCCCCGCCAUGCGCGGGUCGUCUACCCGCCCUGCGAUACCAGUGGACUCGAGCACCUCGACAUUGACAGGCCCCGGGAACAGCUCAUUGUCUCUGUGGCCCAAUUUCGCCCUGAGAAAGACCAUGCUCUGCAAAUCGAAGCCUUCGCCCUCCUGCAUCAACGCCGCCCUCAUGUCAAGCUUGUUCUCGUCGGUGGCUGUCGCAAUGAAGGCGAUGCGCGCCGCGUCGCCUCGCUUCGGGCACAGGCCACCGCGUUGGGCCUGCAGAGCCCCGACAGCAUCGAUUUCCGCGUCAACGUUGACUAUGCUGAACUCAAGGACUGGCUCAGUCGAGCCAUGAUCGGACUGCACACCAUGCGGGAUGAACAUUUUGGCAUUGGUGUGGUUGAAUUUCUGGCUGCCGGCCCCAUCGCCCUCGCCCACAACUCGGCUGGACCCAAGCAAGACAUUGUUAUCCCAUACGAGAAUGAGCCCACGGGCUUUCUCGCAGAAACUGCUCAGGAGUUUGCAAACAAAAUGGAAAUGAUAUUGGACAUGCCCGAGGGACAGCGGCAGCAAUUGCGGGCUCGUGCCCGUGCAGCUGUCAGCAACCGCUUCUCUGAUGAGGCUUUUAAGGCGGCCUUUUUGGAAACCAUUGCCCCCAUCAUGUCCGCAUAA